AUGCCGGCUCUGCCAGCACUGCUGCUGUCGAUUUACGUCGUCGUCCUGCUGCUGACCAUGGCGCCGCUCUCCUUCAGCCAGGCCAACACCCUCUCCGCCGUCCGCAUGGGUGAGUACGACCACCGCCGCACGGGUUCGAAUCCCACCAUGGCGCUUAGUUUGAGUCGUACAGGAGACGUUUUAAAGACGCUGUUUUUUUGUCACUAUUUUAGGGUUGUAGUGAACGCUAAGCGAUGGAGGGCGUGGGCUGACAUCAUGAAUCAAUCCCGCCGACUCUAAAGUCAAAACAAGAACUGUUUGUUUUCUAAUCAUCUGUCUUUAAUAAUAAUAUUUUAUUUAUAAUGUGUUUUUACAGGUGAUCAAAGACGCUUUACAAAGAAAAAAACACAAAUUUAAAACAGAAAAUUUUGAGAAAUAAAACCAACAAUGUAGAAGGUUCAAAAAACACAAUAUGAUCUUUAGGAUCUUUGCAUUGGCUCCCUGUCUGUUUUAGGAUCAAUUUUAAGGGGCUGGGGGGUAAGGAGGCAUCUGGGAUAGUUUUUCUGUUUUUGUUUUUAACAAGACUGUAAAGCAUUUUGAGACACAUUCCUGUUGGAAAAGCACUUUAUAAAUAAAGUUUGAUUGAUUGAGUGAGGGGCGGAGAUGGACAAUGUUUUUGAGGUGAAAGAAGGCGGUCCUGAUGACGUGGUUAAUAUGGCGGUCAAACUUGAGUUGGUUGUCAAAAAUGACUCCAAGGUUCUGGAUGUGAGGGGAGGACGGCAGAGUGCAGUUAGUGACGGUGAGGCUGAAGUUUUGGGUCAUUCUGGAGUGGGAUGUGGGUCCGAUGGUGAUGAUGAUGUUUGAUUUUUCACUGUUCAAUUUCAGGUAGUUUUUUUUGCAUCCAUUUUUUAAUCUCAGUGAGACAGAUGCUGAGUGUGGAGUGGGUGGUGCUGGUGGAGAUGUAUAGUUGGAUGUCGUCGGCGUAACAGUGAAACUGGAGUCUGUAAUGAUGGAUGAUUGUAGAGAACGAAGAGGAGGGGACCAAGCAUCGAUCCCUGGGGGACGCCCUGGGACAGAGGAGCGGUGGUGGAGGAGGUGCAGCUGUUGAACGCUGAUGAACUGGUGACGGUUGGUGAGGUAGGAGUGGAUCCAGGUGAGGGCUGAGGAUUUCAGUCAGGAGAGAAGGAUGGAGUGGUUGAUGGUAUCAGAGGCUGCUGUGAGGUCAAGGAGGAUGAUGAUGGUGAGGCGUCCAGAGUCUGAGGAGAGGAGGAGGUCAAUGUCUCUGUGCUGUGUUGUGAUCGGAAACCGGAUUGAAAGCAUUUGAAUAAGAGAUUAUUGGAGGUGAGGUGGGUUUAUGAAUCAGUCCCGCCUCCUCCAAAGUCAAAGUGAGAACUGCUUGUUUUCUAAUUGUCUGUCUUUAAUGACGUGGAUAAGUUUAACCAGAUGAUCCAGACGGCAGAUCUUCAGUUUCCAAAACCCUGACCUCUCCUGCCUGGAGGACUCGGCCUGUGUUGGUUUCUGGUUUUUCCCUCCUGCUGCAGAUUAAAGGAGAUUUUGUCGCUCUUCGGAAAACUGAACACGUUCCUGGAAACACACCUGACUCACUAUCUGUAGUAAUUUACCCAGAAUCCUCCUCUCUCUAUAAAUAAACACUCUCUCCUCAUGCUCGGCUGUCUGAGCAUCUGUUUACAGAUUUACACCCCCCUCCUCUUCUUCUUCACCUAUUUUUAAACACUCCUCCUCCCUCCUUACUCGCCUCUUUCUCUCUCCUCGCCGUUUUGUCUCUCUCCUCUCACCUCACAUCUCCGCUGAUUCCUCUCUGCUUUAUUUGUCUUCUCAUGAGUCCCUCGAGGCUUUUCUCCGCCGUUCUCCGAUCUCUUUCUUCGUUUUACUUCUUUUGUUUCCAUCUCAGCUUGAAUUAUUUGUAAAUGCAAAUAAACUCGACAGACGCCGGAUCACAAAGCCUGUCUGUGACUCGAGUCUCUCUCUGCUAUCAGCGCCUCUUCCUCCUCAUCCUCACGGUGCCCUGCAGAGGAAGAUUAACUCCAAUAACAGCCCAGACUUCAGACAGGAAGUAAAAGUUCAGCUGAUAAGGUUUCUGUUCAUCUCUCAGCUGCGAUGGCCCUGAGUUUAAACCCCGCCGCUUUUAUCGCCACGCGCUCUCAGUAAAAAGCGGCCAGCACUUACAGGCUCGCGGGCUGCCAUGGCAACCGGGUCGCCUGUUGAUGCAUAAUGGCUUACCUUUGGCUCCCCCAUUAAUAACAGCUGGCUGUGUUGGUGUUUGAAACAUGCAGACAGACACGCGAGGAAAAAACAGGAGCCGACAUGAUGAUGGAAGGAGGAGGAUCAAACCGGAGCGUUUCUGCGUUUUUCUUCCCACAAACAUCCGUCGCCAACUUAAAUGAAAACAUGUCGCCUGUUCCCUCGCUCUGUUGCACUUCACUGCAGCUGGCGUGUUCGGUGCUUUCUGCAGGAUCCUGAUCAGUCGGCGGUUUGCUUGUUUAUGUUCGAUAUCUAAAAAAAGGAAGAGUUGACACUCCUGAAGAGGAGGAGAAAGAAUGAGGAGCGACUCAGUGACGCUUCGAUCAAUUCACUUCUUAUUUUUGGGAUCUUGAAAUAAGAUGUUUCUCAGGUGAUUGUUGCUGAAAUGAAUCCUUAAAAGACACGUUGGAGUAGAAAUAAGACAGUGAGGAUUAUUCAGAUUAGACGCCUGUCCUGAAAAAGUAAGAAAGUGUCGGCGUCAUGGAGUCUAAACCGCCUUAACGAACCUGGGAGAGUUAUUUCGUUAUUUCGCCUAUAGAGGCGGUACUCUGGCUUUAAAUGAUAUAAAAAUAUUCAUAUCACAGAUGCAGGGAGCAGAUGAAGAAAUGUUCCUCCAUAUUGUCUUUAGAAGUAAGAGUCACAAACAUCUGAAUACUCCGUUAAAGACAGAAAAAUCUGUCAGCGGAAAAAAGCAUCUAAUGGUUUGUUUGUUUAAAUCCCUUCAUGCAUGCUUCUGCGCCGCGUCGAGCGCUGUGAAUAUUUUCCUUUUAGCUGCACUUUUCUCUUCAGGUGGCAGAAAAUCCACUUUAGUUCCACUUCAACUCGCUCAGCUAUGACAAAAUUUUCAAGGUUCAUGAUUCAGUUAAAUAAAAAAAGAGCGUGUGAAAGUGUGUGUUUUUUUUUUGUCAGUCAAGGACUGCAUGGUGGGAAACUGGUGGCAGAGGAUGGCUGGUAGAAUUUGUCCCGCGGUGGAAAGUGGAGCUGAUGUACCUGCUGCUGCUGUUUCAUGUUGAAUAAACAUAAGGAGGUUUUUUUAUUAUCAGUGCUCUGCAGACUCUGGGUGAAAUUAUACGAACAAAGGAGGAAAAAUAAGAAACUACCAACUGCUCGCUCAUUCAUAAGUCUGUUCCUAUAAGACACGAUUACAAAACUGUGUUACAAAAAAGUCAACGUUAUGAACUCUUAAUGAGAGAAAACAGAGAGAGAUUAAUGAAGAUGAUUUUAACCUUAUUUUUAGAGUCAAAGCAGCAAAUCGGGUCAUUCAUUCAACCUCCACCUUUUCUCCUGCAGUCAUAUCCUCUUCAACAAUCUCUGUUUCACUAAAAUAGUGACCGAUGCAAACAUCCUGCAACACGAGCGUCAUUUUUCUCCUCGUACCCAAACUGUGCAAAUCCCAGGUGACCCAGGAUAGCGCUCAGGGGUGCGUAAGUCUGAUACCUACACAUCUUCGCCUGUUCGAGGAAAUGAAGAUUAUUUUAACUGGAACUAACUUCCAAACUCCGAGUCGGACUUCAUCUGGAACACCCCCCUGAAGUCAGACGAUCCUCACCAACCCCGACUUGACGACAACGUCAUAAUCCAAGAUGGCAGCGCAGUGCAUCAACAUUAGAGAGUGACAGUGAAAGCUCUCAGGAUGUUUUAUUUAUUAGCACUUCUGUUUUGUUUUUGUGAAAUUAAAUAAGUGGUUCAUGUUGUUCUGCCCGACGUCUAACUGUGAACAUGGUGCUAUGGUGUUUGUAGGAGUAAAAUACUGUGUUAUGCGUUUUUUACAACUGGUAUAGCUAACAACAACAAACAGCAGCUGACAACAGCGAACAGUAGGCGUCCAUGUUGGUUUUUCAACUUGUUAACUGGAACGCCGUCAACUCAGGUGUAACAUCCUUUCCAUCUCCGGCAUCCAACUUCCAAGGUAACUGGAGCGCAGCCUAAGUUACAGUUCUGCUCCUGGAGCCCGUCUAUGGAUGCCAGAAGAUGAGGUCACCCUCAUUGCUCUCUCAUGACACGCCCUCUUUAUCUCAGUCCUACAAAAAACUCGCCAGAGACAUCGCCACGCUCUACGCCGAGCACGCUAACUCUGCCUCUCUGAACAGUAUCAGUUAUUCACUCAGGGCAGAAAAGAGUCAUGUGAUCCUGCUGCUGAAACAUAAAUAUCAGCCUGUGAGGACUUGUUUCAGAGGGUAUGAUCAACGGCUGAAGAAAAGUGAAAAAUGUGAGUUCAGGUCCAGUGGAUUUGAGUAGAAAGGCUGAACCUGGCGUGUCAACAUCAGCCUGGAUCAGCUGGUUUAAUACGAAGAGAUCAGAUGCAUUAAUUGGUUUGAAACACGCUGAUAACCCAGAAUUUAGAUGAGUUGAAAUCACGUCUAUUUUCUUCUGUGAAUUUAAUACAACAGUCGAACAUUUCAGCUCCGUCCACCGAUGGAAACACCCUCCUCCUUCUCCUCCUCCGCCUCCUCCUCCUCCUCCUCCUCCUCCCAAAAAGCAGAUAUUAGCAGCUCUUCACAUGAGCAGCAAUCAGGACUCCUGACUCAGCUCUAAUUAUCAAUCACCUACAAUUAACGAGCAGAUUCAUCGCUGUCACACUGAGAGACGACCCAGAAUGCAUAAGAGAUGCUGACUGUAAUUAGAGCAGCGUGGCGUGCGCUGGUGUGUGUUGUAGGUCUCCGGUUGAGCAGCCUCGCCGUCUCUCAGGUCAAUAAACGCCGUCUGAGGGUGAUUAGUUAUUAGAGGAGCUCGAACAGACAGCAGUCGGUCUGAGGAUCAGACGAGGUCGGCGCCGCAGACUGAUGAGGAUCUGAGAAUUCAUCCGGCUGAAGUCUGUUUAUGGUUCCAGUUUAACCCUUCAGAUCAUCGUAAAGUCGUAGUUGACGAUCGGAGAAGCAGUUGAAAAAAUCUGAGUCGUUGAGGCAGAUUUGAAAAAAGCGUCCCACCCCCCAUCCUGGCGGAGCUUUCUCCACCGCUCAAAGGAUGACCUGAUGUUUAUUCCAGUUAGAUUCCUCGCUUGGUCUCAUUUCCUCUUCGUCUCCGCCCUUUCUUCUGUCCGCUUGUGUUUUCUUCAGCUCCUGUCGCUAAGCUGCUACGCUACUUUUAGCCACUCAGAGCUCUGAGGAGGGUCGGGAGAGUGGGAGGGGACGAGUCGGGACUACGGGAGAGGGGUGUGACGAAUACAGCGAGGUGAUUGGAUGGAGAGGCGGAGCAGGAGAUUGACCAAUAGGAGCUGUCUGGGAUGGAUGGCUCCCAUUGGUCAAUGUUUUUGCAGCCCCAUACCUGCAAGGGUGAAUGUAUUUUUUCCGAUCUUUUUUCUCUUCACGGCGAUCGCACUACAGGACCAUGAUCGGCAUAGAAACGAGGUUCAUAAUAAUUAAGAAUCUCUCCAAUCGUCAACCAUGCCUUUAAAGCUCAUCCUGAACAUGUGGUUCAUGCAAACCGCUUAUGAUCGCCGCACGGGUUGCAGGACAGGAUCAUUUACAGCCUAAAACACGCCUGUAAAUGUUGUCGAGCAUUUCGUCUUCCUGAGCCGUGAUUGGAGAGUGGCUGCAGGACUGUAUGACAUCAUUGGUGGGCGUGGCUGCAGGCUACAGUCAAAGACUGUUAAACGGUUCAACUUUUCUGAUCUGAUGAUGUGUUCGAGAUAAAAAGAGUCCAGAGUUAAAACACGACGUCGAUCCUCCUCCUCCUCCUCAGGGGAGAUUAGAAAUCAAGUGGAGAGCAUAAAUACUGCAGUGAAGGAUUUUAACUAUUCAGCAGCAUCAGUGUCCUUCAGCUGUCGCUAAAAACCUCCAUGAAUUAUUUCUACAUGUGCGAUCAGUCACUCCCUGGGAAUCAUUAACUCCAAAAGCCUCCCAAACCAAAGAGGAGCAAAACCGUCUGUCACCACAGGACAGGUUUCAAAUCUCUCCAUUAAAUACGAGAGAAAAGAGCAUUUUUCAGAUUUUUGAUCAUUAAGGGAUUUUGGUAAAGUCUGAUUUUGGAGGAAAAGCCAAACUGAAUAACAAUUUUUGAAUAAAAUCCAAGGUUAUUUUCUUUUCCUCUGAGCCCGAGUGACAAACAUGACAGGUGAGAAAUUUAGCAACACGAGGUAAGGUGAAGAAAACGGAGAUGAGAGGAGAAUAAAACAAAAUUAGAGAAAUGAGACGUGAACACUCGGCGAUGGCCUGAAGGUUCAAUCUGAAGGAUGCCGCACUAGUAUUUUUUUAACAAACACGCCCUGAAGCUCGACUUCAACCAAAGAUCUCUGCUAAAUGACUCUGAAACGACGACGACUGCAGGCUCCGACUCAGAGGAGAACAUCACUUCUUCAGAAAAGUUUCACAGAACCAUCAAAGUUUGAAAAGUUGAUAAAAUACAAAAGAGAGAAAAUUUCUGACUGAAUGAAGAAGAAGAGAUUUGGACGGCUGAACAUCUGGAGUUUAUCGUCUGGAUGGCAGCAGAUGUUGCUCCUAAACCUGAAGAUAUUGUUCAGGAUUAACGGAGACUUCACAGAUGACAUGGACUCUGAUUAUCCUCAUGAUGGACUUGGACUGGGAGCUGAGAAGAAGCCGGGUGGUCCCUCUACAAAACUGAGGAUGCAGCAUCUAUGAUUUCUAAUUCUUUGUUGAAAGGACAACUGGACUUACUUGAGACGUUUCGCCUAAGGAGAAACGUCUCAACUAAGUCCAGUUGUCCUUUCCAAAACAAGGUCAGAUUUCGAUCCAUCAGACCUCAGGACAGUUCUCCUCGUCCCCUCGGUCCACCUUAAAUGGACUCAGGUCCAGAGAAGUCUGUAGUGGUUCUGGAUCCUGGUUCUACCUGGUCUCCUUUUUCAUGGUUCAUAGCUGCGCCUGGAUGACGGCCAUUUCCAGCAGUAUUUUCAGGUUACCCGAACCCAAUUUGACGACCUGUUGGUGAGGGUCGGUGUCAGGAUAUCCCUCCAGGAUACCGAUUAUUGGCGCUCUAUCCCAGCUGCAGAGCGCCUGUCCAUCUGUCUACUGUGAGUGAAAGGAUUUGCGUUUAUAUUUUCACACCAGUGAACUUCUGAACUGGUCCAUUACUGUAAGGAUGUCCAUGUUCACACUUUACAGAAUGGAGGGUUCACACGAAUAAUCAGUUUGACAAGCUUUACUGGUCUCAGAUCUGGGUUACAGCUUCAUCCUGCCUCAAGAGUAACAGAGAUUUGUCUGAGACUGUUCAAGUAUAUUUAGCCGUCCACGUUUCCAAACAUUCUGCUCGCAUCUUGUUGACCUAAAGGAGAGUCUAUGUAGGGUAAUAACAAAGCACAACAUGUUUCCGGAGCCUAAAUGAUGGUAAACAAAACAUGGCGAAAGAAAAUCACCCUGACAGUUACCGCACAUCACCCUGGAAUCUUCAUGCUGAUUGGUUAUCGCGACGCGAAUAUCCGCUCAAGUUGAGAUAUUUUUUACUUACGCAAAUUCGUGACAUUCACGCAAAUCACACAACUUUGCAUCUUUGGCACGAAUAACGCAAAUUUUCCCAAUUUGCAUCAUUUGCGCCGCCAGAAUAGUACUAGUGUCUAAUCGCGUCUUUGCAUUGAAUUUACAUGUAAUUCAUUCACGUGAAUGAUUUUACUCAUGCUUGAUGUGAACGCUCCAUCAGAGACUGAGCCUCUCUGAAUACCCAGUCAGGUGACGAACCUGUUGGAAAUGAACCUCAUUAGUUUUUUAAAAAAAACAUUUGCAGACCUUUUCUUCUUUUUAAGAUCUCCCCACAUGCAGAAAAUCAAAAUACACUUUGAGAGACCUUCUUCAGAGUCUGUGUUCUUGUAGCAGGUAAAAUGAGUCUAAAUUCAAUGUGACAGUCAGGCAGAAAAAGCCGACUUUAAUAAAAAGAACAAACUAAAAAGAUCAGAAGUCUCUCUCUGCUCUUAUUCAUCUGCAGGAACAAACUGAAUCCCGGAGAGAGUCGCUGCAGCUCUGCACUUGAACCAGAUUUUAUGCAGCCCCCUCAGAGUAUACCUCUAUAGGACUGAGAGAAUACGAACACACACACACACACGCUGACUGAGCAGUGUGUGUGUGUGUGUGUGUGUGUGUGUGUGUGUGUGUGUGUGUGUGUGUGUGUUGCCUGCCUCUGAAAGGACAGCGGCCCCCAGAGGAUUGAGCGCUCUGGUUCCAGCCUCCGGCAGACGCAGCCAUUUGUUGUUUUUUCUCUGUUUUGUCUUGUCUGGUUGAAUCUGUCGACCCACCUGCAGCCCCCCAGAGUCCACUCCUCCACACUCAUAUCAGAAAAUGUCAAAAACAUGAAGCUCAGAGGAGGAAGUGACAAGAAAACCUGUUAGUCAAUUUUUCUGAAGUUACACCGCCUCCAGGGGUGAAAUGAAAUCAGUCUGCGGAGCGCCGUGAGCCUCCGUAAAAAAAAACAAAGUGGGUUUUUAUCUGGAGUCUCAGGUUCAACCCAGAACUAAACACACAGAGGAGGCUCCCACCCGCUCCACAAUCGCUUUAACAUAAAUACAAGAUGACGUUUCUGCACCGGCGGGCAGCACUGCGUUUCAGCUGCAGCCGGGUAAAGAGUGGAACAGCAUAAUUUGAUAUUAAAUCUGAGUGGAGAUGGUUGUGCGGCUCAGGGUGGAUAAACAGAGCCGUCAGGAGGUCAUUUACAAGAAACAGAUGCAGAAACACAAAGAGAGGAGUCGAACCGGCGAGUUUAUCAGGAGGUGAGGAAGCAGGUUAGAGUGAGAGAGUCAGGGGUGAAGAUGACGCCACCAUGAGUCCUCAGACACUUCAGACCUCUUCAGCUUUAAGCUUGAUUGUCAAUCGAAGAGUUUCAGUGAUUUUCUGAUUCUUCUCUCGUUUGACUCGAGUCCGUCUGAACGAGAAACUCUGUGGAAAAGAAGAGAGCGGGCGGAGAAACUCUUCAGGACGGAGUUCAAGUGUUUGACUACCUCUGAUCAUUUCAUCUCCUCUGAGUGUGUGUGUGUGUGUGUGUGUGUGUGUGUGUGUGUGUGUGUGUGUGUGUGUGUGUGUGUUUGUGUGUGUGUUUGUGUGUGUGUGUGGUCGCAGAUUUAUUAACAGAUAGUGUUUGAACACCGCUGAGGCUCCUGAAGAAGACUCUCUAUCUGCUCUCUCAUCUCCCUCUUCUGAGCACAAAGCAUUCUGGGAUACUCUGAGUUGCACCUCUCUGUCUGGUUUCAGGCUCUCCGUGUGUCGCCUUCUUCCUCUUCUUUGGUAGGAUGUAAACAAAUACUCGAGUUAGGUUUCCUCGUCAUCUGCUGAGACUGAGCCGGGUAUAGAGAGAUGGACAGAGGAGAUGAUAGACAGAUGGACCACCCAGACCAGUUUUUGAGGAAUAACGGGCGCUUAAAAUGGAGGUAGACCGGACAAGAGCUAAAAAGCCGGGUCAACAUAAACGAUGGGGGACGCUUGGGGAUCUUGGUGACCCUGUAACCUUUCUGCUGGACAGGUAAACCGCUUUAACAAAGUAAGACAAGUGUCUGUAACAGAAGUGUUUCUUGUCAAACGGACCUGCUGUAGCGUGUUGUAGCGCCAUCGCUAAACUGUCCUCCCUCGGGUCCUGGACUAUGUCACUUUCUCCUCGUUGUAGAAGUCUAACUCAGAUCCUGACGACCCCACCUUUAAGUCGGAGAGUAAAUCUGUGUUUACAUAAUUAUGUGUUCAGAGCUCCUUUUGUGUCGAGUCGUGGAAAAAUAAAGGUCAUGUGAAGUUUUUGUGAACGCUCAUCUGUAACCUGCACAGGUUAAAGUCCAAACUCAUGGAUCUUCUGGGUCUCUGUAUGUGGUCUACGCAGAGGUCUGACCUACCUGAGCUGGAACUAAUGACUCCACAAACAAACACACACCGGGACCUGGUCUAUCAUGAAGCCCACGCAGAGACUCAGACCGUUACAGAGCGCAGUAACAUCUCUGCAUCUACAGGUUUUAUUUUUCUUUCUUUCUCCUAAAUGUAAAACUUGAUUCCCGUGAAUGUGCGUCUUCUUCUCCUCUAAAUUUAUUGCUUUAAUUGAGUUUAUUCACCAGAUUUGUAGGUUCGAGUUUCAUCCACUUCACUCCUCAGUUUUCUGUUUCUGAGGAGUUCCUCUGAAGAUCCAAAGAGCGACAUGAACCAUCUGGAUCUAUUUGUAUUUUCCUAAACUCCACAACAGUCUCUUUAAGGAAGGACACGAUAACUCGGCUCCCUGCUCGCCCCGGAGAGGCGUUAAUUAUUAAGCGAACACAAAUCAAAUCCAGAGCAGAGCCGGCAGGAUCCAGGGCCCCGCUUGUUUCUGACUCUCAGCAGCUCGUUCUCUUUGAUUUUUGGAGUUGUUGUUCGGUGUUUUUGCUCCGCGGCGAUACGUCUCAGUGUCUGCAGAAACGGGGGAAAGAGGGAGGAUGAUUUACAGCCGAGGAGUCGGUCUUUAGGCUCCUCAUCAAGUCCAGAACCUGGAGUCCUUCUCUGUGAUUUCCUUUGUGUUUAAAAUACAGGAACAGAAGUUACAGCACCUGAUCGCCCCGUCCUCUCUCACAGUUUUUAGUCAAAGCAGGCGAGUCAGUGUGGAGGUGGAGACGGAAAUAAACUCAGAAACUGUAACAGCGCUUCUCUUUAUUUUCCAUUUCGAAUAUUUCAGGAAAUAGAAACGAUGACUGGAGGUUUUUCUUCCUGUUUGAGUUCAAGGACGAGUGUCAUUUCUAUUUCAGUUUCUGCUGCUGAUGUUUCCUCCUCCUACACUCUGAACAGGUCGUCUUUCACCUGGCUGCCGUCCAAUCAGGACUGUAAAACCUCCAGGAUACAGUUUAUAAAUCUGGAUCAUCCUCUGAGUUAGAGCCUGGAGUUAGUGUGUACAUCAGGAUAUGAACAGCAUCUCCAGUAAACCGUCCGUCUGCAGGGUGAGCAGGUAUGAAGGUGCAAAGAGGGAGAAUUAGAGGUUUGGUUUUAAUGAAGUUCAGUAUGUCUUUAUGUUGGUCUGAUUAUAACUGCAGUAUCUGGAGGUCUGCAGAGUUUGAGGACUAAAGAUAAACCCGAUAAAUGUUGAGAUUUAGGGUCCCGGUCUGCAGCCUGACCAUUUUCAGGACUUAGUCAUGGUGAAACACCAAUCAGGCGCUUUACUGCUUCUUAUACUUUUCCCAAUUAUACAUCCAAAAAAACAAAAUAUUGAGUCAUGUGAUCCACCAAGUUUAGCUCCCUUUUUUAUCUCCGAUGAAAACUUGUGAAAUGAAAGUAAAGUUUAGUUGACUGAGAAUAAACUCCAGGAGUUAAAUGUUUGUCCGACCUCCGGACAGCAGAAGAUAAAUCUCUUUCUUUUUGUUAUUUGAAGAGUUUGCCUGAGGUUUUUCUCUGAAACACUUUCGAUACUGAGACGACUUUUAGUUUCCCCCACAGACUGUUUAUUUUCAGACUGACAGGCACGUCAAACACUCAGAUAUUAUCCUGCUCAUGUUUUACUACAAAGAAAAAUCGUCUUUCAGGAAACUGUUACUGAAGAAGAAACGUUUUUUUGGAUGAUCGGACACAAGAAACUGAAACUAUCAUGAAAAACAGAUUCAAACUGAACAGAAACUGAUAAAUAUUUUUAACUUUAGGUUUAGCGAUAGAGUGAAAGUGAAUUAAAAGAUCGUGUUAAAAAACAGGAAGUUAUCCUGCUGCGUAUUUUAUUCCCCCCUUCACAGACUUGUCGUCACAUCUGAAGUAUAGUUGGUUUGAUGCGCCGUAAUGAUGAACGUAAGUGCGCAGCUUCAGUUUCAGUGAGCGCCCCCUAAAGGCCUGGAGGAGUCUGGAUUUACAGUUUUCCUCUUCUGCUGUUAUCAUCUUCUUCUUCUUCUUCAGACUGUUUUUGUUCUUUUGUUUCGGACUCUUCCUGACACGACUGUGAAUGAUCGGAGCCGCUGCAGUUUUUGUUUCACAUGUUGAUCGUCCUCAAAAGGUUUCUCCUCUGGGUUUGCGGUUGUCUCCUCAGCUCUGAGACUGGAUCUGCAGUGACAGCCGCCUCGGGGUGUUCAGCUGAGAGACUCUCCCUCUGACCCGUGAACUUUAUAAUUAUACCCACUUUAUUUUCGUGACUUUGACAGACGGAGAACUCGACUCUGGGGUCUUGUGUGUUGUUUGCUCUGUUGAAAAGUCGCCGCUCGACUUCCUGGUCUACGAUUGUUCAGGAAAGGUUGGAGGCUCUGCUGACUCCUCGCAGCGGUUUGCUGCUGGGAUAUUUAUAACUGAAUUAUUUUGUCAGACAGACCCUCUGGCUGGCGCUCGGCAGUACAGCAGCGACUGUAAGCAGGUGCGCUGCAGCCAGAGGACAGAGGAGAAAAGAAAACAAGGGAGCAGACUGGGAAAGAGGGGGAGCCUGAAGGAGGAGGAGAGAGUCCAGACACGGGAGGACAGGCUGUGACCGGCUCCGGAGUUUUUAUUCCAGUCUGGAGGUUGUUUGUUUGUUUGUUUGUUUGUUUUUUAAAAGCUGAGGCUCCAAAAUUCACUCUGCAAGAAAAGAAAAACAUUAUGAUCAGGAGGUAAAUUAACCCGUUAAAGUCAGAGCGUUCAAAUCAGAUCCAAACACAAACUCUGAGCCUGCCUGGACUAGCUCCCUAACCCUAACUCUUCUCUGUCUUUUCCAGCGGCCAUUUUGGAUGACCAGUCUACAUGUGGGCGUGGCGAGCGUUUGGCGCUGGCUCUGGCGAGGGAGAACAUCAACAGCCUGAUCGAGGGCCCGUCAGAGGCGAGGGUGGAGGUGGACGUCUACGAGUUGAUCAAAGACUCGCAGUACGACACCACGGAAACCAGUAAGUCUUAAAGGGAUAUUCUGACAUUAAAUUAAUUUAGGGUCAAACACACCAUAACACCCAGUUAGACACCCCCUCCAGAGAUGAAUGUUGCCGACCGCUUGCUUCUCUAGUUAUACCAACUUUAGUAACGACCGCAGAAUAGUAAUACAGAGAGCCACGCCCUCAACCAAAACGCCACUCUAUAGCCACAAAUAAUGCUCAGAACAGCACCUAACUUCAUCAACAGGACAUAUAGGGUCACAGACAUAGUGCGAUACUAAGAGACUAAACACAACUCACCUACUCUCUUCCAGCAGACGCUUGUUUGUAGUGAGACCUCAGGCCAGUUCAUUACAGACUACAGCGGGGUGACGCAGCUCAAGGAAGAACAUUUAUGAUCAUUUCUUUAUCAUUUCCUCGCAGUAAUAAUCACCAUAUUAAUCAUUUUACAGACGUGGUCGUUCUUCUGCCUUAGCGUCUCGGUCUGAUUGUAUUUCCAUGAUAAAAUGAUAAAAUGAAAAUCUCCUAAACGGUGGUGCAGCUGUGCGGUUUCUCACUGACAUUUCCAGCAGAGAGUAAAACAUCGAGCAGGUCGAUGUGACAGGAAGUGCAAAUGUUUCCUUAAUGCGCUUUAAACACCAACAUGGAUGUCCUUUACAACACCUGAAGACACUGGGAUCAAUACCAACACCUGAUUAUCGACCACAGACGGUCUCCAGUCUCUGAUGGACGGACUACAUUCCCCUGAGCUGAAGUUCUUUGUAGAGUCUCUGUUAGUGUCUCCAAAAUGACCUGAUUAAAGUCAAACAUCAUGGGCUGGAGACGUCUCAGGAGGUCACCUAAGACCUCAGGACCAUCGAGGGGUUCAUCAGUUUAUUAUUCAUCGAAAGAAAGAAGGAGAAGAAGUCACUGAUUACUCUCCAAUCCGUCCUUUUUGUCCCUCCUCGGCUCCUGUUAGUUCAUCAGCUGUGAUGACGGUUUGCUGAUGAUCACACGCUGUGCAGAGAGACCAGCCCUGCUUGGAUUUCACUCCCUUAUCUGACUCGGGUCAUGGUUUUCUGCAGAUCUGUUUUUGCCUUCAUCGUAUAAAUUAACUUAAAGGAAAUUGCGGUAUAUGUGGGGAGUCGAUGGUUGGCGGUUUGUUUUUCGGCGCCAUCGUCAUCAGUCUCCGUCUCCUGUAAUGAAUUCUGUCCCACUGUUGACUUUCAGCUUUAACAUGUUUAACGCAGACGUACAAACUAAAGGACGGCGCUCUUUUUAGACAUUCAGGGGGUGUAGCGUUGCUGCGGUGUGAGGUCACCGUGACCGCAGAGCUCGCAGCGUUCUGCACCAGCAGCUGCUCGCCAUGUUUAUCAAUUAUGGACCGCCAGCGGUUCAGAGAGAGAGAGAAAGAGAGAGAGACUUCCCGACCAAGAGGCAGUUAAUGUUUUCUGUCAGAGCCGAACACACACACACACACACACACACACACACACACACACACACACACGCUGGACAGUACAAAGAUGAAUUAUACACACGGUCAUUGAGUCAUCCCUUUAAAACCCAUCAGAUCCUGAACUUCAGAUCUUUAUUUAGAUUCUUCUCAUGUUUCUCAUGGCUCCAAAUUUGACUCUCAAGGUCUCGUCAUAAAACCUCAACAACAUUUUAGAUCUUUCUGACAUCCAGGUCCAAGUUUUAAACUCAAGAAAGAAGAAAAAAAAAACAUUGGUGUGACCUGAAACUAUAAAAAGUGUCCUAAGAGAUCUGAAGAUAAGAUUUCUCAUUUUCUCAUUUUCUCAAUUUUCUCAUAUUUUUGUCUCAGGAGGAUCAAACUUUCACUGAACCUAAUUUGAUGACAAACUUCUGUUCUCUCUCACCUAGUGUGUCAGAUCCUCCCAAAAGGCGUGGUCUCUGUGAUUGGCCCCGCCUCCAGCCCCGCCUCUGGGUCCACCAUCAGUCACAUCUGCGGGGAGAAAGAGGUGAGUCACAUAUGGAGCUGUAGAAGUGAAUAUGAGGACUGUGUUUCUCAUCCUCCAGCUCGACUUUGUUCAUUUUUCGCAGACGUCUCACAGGAGAAACUCAGAAUAAUAGCGGGGUGACGGUUUUGGCCUUUUUGUUUCCACACAAGAGGCUCCCAGAGAAAAUUCAGGAAAUUUUCAGGAGUUUAGUCUCAUUAAUGUGAGAGGAGCUCAUAACCCCAUCUUCAUCUCCUGUUAAUCCUCUAACCCUCCUCGUAUCUCCUCCCUCUGUCUGCUCCACUCUCACAUUACCGGAUUAUUCUCAGUCUGCAGAUCAGACUCAAGAGCUAAUAAGAGAGUCAACCUCUGCAGACGUGGACGAGGUUAAACCACUGAGCCGAGGAUCAUACGGGACAUUUGACCUCUGACCUGCUUCUGUAUUCCGACGCUUCAUUUUUUAAUUUGUCAUGAAUAUUUCAGCCGGAGUGGAGACUCUGUCUGUCACAGGAUCUUUGCUCAGAGGAGACAGAGAGACUGAUUUCAGCUCUCUGACGUUAAAACCCUCUAAAUUUGACUUUCAAAGAUCAAUUCUUCUGCUUUUCUGGUUUUAAUACAACAAAUCAAACUUUUUCAUUUUCCUUCUCUUCUCUUUUUUUGUGUUUUUCAUUCAGAAAAUAUCUACUCAGAUUUUUACUGUCAGACUUUUUCUUUCCCUUUUUAUGGAAACCUCCUCCUCUUCUUCUUCCUCCUCCUCUUCUUCUUCUUCCUCCUUCCAUCAGAUCCCUCACGUCAAGAUCGGCCCAGAAGAAACCCCAAAGCUGCCGUACCUCCGCUUCGCCUCUGUGACUCUGUACCCGAGUAAUGAGGACCUGAGUCUGGCCAUCGGCGCCAUCCUUCACUCCUUCGGCAACCCAACGGCCAGCCUCAUCUGCGCCAAAGCGGAGUGUGAGUCAGUCUGGGACGUCUGUGUUUUUACCUCCUCCUCCUCUAUAUCUUUGAGAUUUCUGAUAUUUGAUGGUUGGAGGUCUCUCCUGUCUUUCUCUGGGGUUUUCCUCUCUGUUGUGACUUUACUAAAUAUUGCACAUCAUUCACCGUCACUAUCUGCUUUUCCAACGUCUAACAUAUGGUGCAUAUGAUAUUCAUGAUAUUCAAGUUCAAACAUACCUGCUAAAUCCUGCAGCUCUGCUUUAGUUUCAUGUUUUAUUCUGAAUGAGCUGAUCGGUUAGCUGCUCAGAACUGUGCUGGGCACUCUAAUCCUGACUACAGGUAUGUUUUAAACUCAAAAUGAAGGUGCUAUUCACAUUUCACAGCAGUUUGUGUAAAAUUUAACCUUUUGGAUGUACUUUAUAAAUUAGACAGAGUCAUUCUAGCUUGAUUCACGGGUUUAGUUUGUGCAAAAGCUGCACAGAGCUGUGCUGAGCACUCUCAUCCUGACUGAGCCUGAACUCUUCUGCACACUGAUGAUAAGAUAGAUGGUGGGGAGCGCGUCUUACAGCGUCACAUCCCUCAUCCUGCAGAGCAAUAACGUGAAAGUUUCUCUUUAAUUGCAUGUGGACACGAGGACUGGAUUAGUGGAUCUGAAAGAAUUUCUAUUUCAGAUCAUUUUGUAUUCAAACAGGCUGAUUUUAAAGCAUCAACACCGUCGCUCAGCUGCGUUAUUUGCUCUGCAGCCGUUUGUGGUGCAUGUAACCCUUUGUGCAUCAUUAGCUCGAGUCUUUCUGUCUUAUUCAUAAAAGUUAAGUGGACCCAGAAGAUCUUUAGGUGAGUCAGUCUGAGUCCUUUCGUCUUAACCUGAUCCUUCAGUUUUCUGCACAAACAAUUUAGUCUGAGCUAAAAAAAAUCCACAGCGGCCUUCCUUUAAAUCAGCCAAUUAGAGACGAGGUCAAACCCGCCGAGAAACUGAGUCGAGACUUUGAGGUUCAAAUCUGUAAAUCUAAAUUUGAGUUGAAGUAAAAUGCUGUUUUUUUUUUUAUUCCUGUUAAAUAGAUGUAAACAAAAGUGAUGAGGCUUCAAGCAUUGAGGAAACAAUCAGGGAUUUAUCCUCUCAAGUUUAUUCAUAAAAGUCUUUCAGAUACAUUCACUCUCUCUGUUGUCGACUUAUUUCCUUUAAAACAUCAGAAAAUGGUGAUAUGUUAACUUAAAAACAGCACUGAGGUUUGAUAAAUCGAUAUUCUGUUCAGCUGAUUGAGACUCGUGUGGGUUUGUGCUCCGAGUGCCUCAGUCUGCAGAUUAUUUGCUUGUUUUGUGGUGGACGUCAGUUUGUACAUCGCCCCUGUGGAUCUGCAGACACCAAAGGUGCAAAUUCAGGUGUUAAAGAAGUUUUAUAGCUACACAAAACCAUUGAUUUUGCAGUAAAGUUUGAAAAUUGCUCUGUUGUUCUUUCCUCUCCUCCUCCUCCUCCUCCCUCUCUUCUCUCCUCCUCUUCCUCCUUCAUCGAUCGCUCUCCUGUUUUUCCACCCCACUGGGCCGCCCGAGCCUACGGUUUCAAUGCCGCUGUAGCCGUACCCCUCGCCCCGUUAACGGCGCGGUUUAACAGGCCUGUUCUGAUGUCGUGAACGCUGCAGUCGGACAGUCAAACCCCGCGGCGCUGUGAUAAACGUUUUAUGGCGGCCGAUUAGUCGAGACACGCCCGCUGCUUCUGUCAGGGACGAACGAGGGGAGCAGACAGAGGCGGAGGCCGGGCGCUCGCAGUGAUAAAAGUGAGGUGAAAGAGAGCAGCAGGCUUUUUUUUAAAAACGAAGAGAGGGUGUCAUGAAAUUUUUAAUGAUUUCAUCGUUUCUCUCUGAGCUUCAGAUCAAAAUGAAGUAAUUAAACUGAGGAGGACGAGGACGUUUCAUUUAAACAGACUGAAUAUCACAGGUACGACUGAACACAUCACUCAGUCUGUGGAGUUAAAGGGAUAUUCUGGCAUAAAAUUAAUUUAAGGUCAAACACACCGUAACACCCAGUUAGACCCCCCCCUCCAGAGAUGAAUGUUGUCGACCGCUUGCUUCUCUAGUUAUACCAACUUUAGUAACGACCGCAGGAUAGAAAUACAGAGAGCCACGCCCUCAACCAAAACGCCACUCUAUAGCCACAAAUAAUGCUUAGAACAGCACCUAACUUCAUCAACAGGACAUAUAGGGUCACAGACAUAGUACUAGACACCAAACAUCUUUUUAACUUUGACUAAGAGACUAAACACAACUCACCUACUCUCUUCCAGCAGCCGCUUGUUUGUAGCGAGACCUCAGGCCAGUCCAUCAUAUUAAUCAUUUUGCAGACUCGAUAGUUCUUCUGUCUUAGCGUCUCGGUCUGAUUGUAUUUCCAUGAUAAAAUGAUCAUAAAUGUUCUUCCUUGAGCUGCGGCACCCCGCUGUAGUCCGUAAUGGACUACGACGGCUUGAUGAAAUACGAUCUGUCAUAGUUUGGAAAAUGAUCAAAUAUUUUACUGCGGUUGGCGUUCCUGUCUUCCUUUAACCUUUUUGCAGCGUGAGCCUCUGUGGUCAGUUUGUCAUCGAGGAUUGGACCCGAGUCUUCAUUCUGGGUCAGGCUCAAUUGAUUUCCUUCUUAAUGUCUCAGCAGCGAUGCGUCAUAUCGCCAAGUUUCCGUCCUCUCCAAUAAAAAGUCUGCAGGAAAUUAACACCAAUAAUAAUAAUGAAGCGGAUUAGUUUUUAUCUUUUGAGUCAAAUCUAAACACACAAAAAGACGAGGAAGACUGAUCCGCUUUACUUUGGACCAUAAACCUGAACGGUUAUUGUCGUAGAAAUCUCAAAACAGAAGUGGUUUCUGUGGUUUUCUGUGGUUUUCUGUGUUUACUGCGAUGACGGUCUAACAGGUUUUAAUUCAAAGGAUCUGCAGAAAUGUGCUUCUCUCUAAUAAUCGUCGGCUGUCGAUUGAGUGAAAGCCGACUUGUUUACGUCCAAAUUGAUUCUCUGAGAGGAAAAUUAAUGGACUUUCAACAUAAUCACCUCCAGACUCAUCUGCCUUUAUUCAGCCGCUCAGACCUGCAGCUUUGUGCGGCGGUUAUUCGUCUCUAAUGACUCUCAGGUCCAUCAAUUUCUCAAGCGUCUUUUUUAUUUUUGUCAGAGUCGCAGCAAUAAUUUUACAAGUAAACAAGCCGAACAAUCAGACCAGGAUUAUUUAUCGCCUCUUUUUCCUCUGAGUUUUAAUUCAUGUUCUUUUUCACUGAUUCCUGACUCCGCCCCCUUUUAGGCCUGCUGCGAUUGGAGGAGCUGGUUCACCGCUUCCUCAUCUCCAGGGAGACGCUGUCGGUAAGAAUGCUGGACGACAGCCUGGACCCCACGCCGCUGCUGAAGGAGAUCCGUGACGAUAAAGUGGCCACCAUCAUCAUCGACGCCAACGCCUCCAUCUCCUACCACAUCCUCAGAAAGGUCGGCAAAGAUCCACCCCACACUUUUUUAUAACUUCUUCAAAUAUUGGUUUUCUAUUUCAGACGAUUACAGACUUCAAAUCAUCAAUAAGACUCAGAGCGUGUUGAAUAACCAGCUGAAACGACUUUAUUCCUGUUUUGUCUUCUUCGUUGGUGUUUACUCAGCGCUGCAGCACCUUCAGAAGCAGACUGACUUCCUGCCAAAGUGGUUGGUAGACUUUUACAGCCCCAAACUAAAUGUACCAGCUCUUGGCAGGUUGUAAUUUCACUCUGUGCCCGCUAACCUUGGGGGAGCCUGAGAAGUUUUGAAUACAAAAUAAAGCACUCACUGACUCUGGCGUGUUUGUCUUUUCCCUGCGAAGCUGGGCUCAGCGCCGGGCUCCUGCAGGCAGAGCGGGGCCCAGAAAGGCUCCCAGUGUGUGGAGGUUAAUGGAUUAAUAACGGAGCGGGUCUGAGUCUCCGCAGUCGGAGGUUACAAGUUCAAAUCCCAGCCUGACUUUGAGCAGCUGCACAGGCAGAGGGGAGUGUUGACGGGCGGAAGCAGCUGCUGGUGGAGAAAAGGUUAAAUAGGAGAACAACUGGAGCUGCUGCCGGUUCGAGAAAGUCAGAGUACAGAGUAAAGUUAGAGAGGCUACACUGCCAAGGAGGCGGAGCUACACAUCAAAAGAGGAGGAGCUUCAUCUAAAGAGGCGGGGAUCCAGGAUGGAAAAGUAAGAAGAACUGGAGCUGCUGCAGGUUCAAGAAAGUCAGAGUAAAGAGAAAGGUUAGAAAGGCUACACUGCCAAGAAGGCGGGGCUACACAUCUAAAGAGGCGGAGCUUCAGGAUAAAAACAGACUGAAGCUGCUGCAGGUUUGAGAAAGUCAGAGUAGAAAAUAAAGAUAGAGAGGGUCCACAUCAAAUGAGGCGGGGCUACACAUUCUAUGAGGCGGGGCUACAUCUAAAGAGGUGGGGCUUCAACUCCAAGGAGGCAGAGCUCCAUAUCCAAAAUGCAGGGCUACACAUCCAAAGAUGAGGGGGUUCAAUUUCUAAAGAGGUGGAGCUCAUUAUCCAAAGAGGCGGGGCCUCAUAUCUAAGAGGCGGGGCUUCACAUCCAAGAGGCUCCAGAAUGGAAGAGGAAGAAAAAAUCAACAGUUUUAGAUUUUUCCUCCUUUGCACAUUUAAACCAAAACGCCCCCAAAAAAACAGUCUCUGCAGCCUUCAAAGUUGUUUUUGAAGACCGACCCACAAUAUUCCUUUAUGUUGUGUCUGAUCACACUCUAUCGCCACCUGCUGGUUUUGUGUACUUAUGUGAGUGUUUUUUAACUGUCAUGUGGUCAGAACAGGUGAAGACAUUCAGCUUUAAACCUUCAGAAGUUCAACUUUAAAAGUCUGAGGAACACCGAGUUCUCCGCCCUCAUUUAAACUCGGGUCUAGACGUCUUUUUACCCGUGAAAAAGUGUCUGAAGUGACUGAGCGCUUUUAUUCUCCUCUCUAUUAUCUUCUGAGCGGUGUUAAUCACUGCCUGAUUCUUUGGUUUGAUCUGAGACUAAAUCACUCUUUUAAGGUUGCUUCGUGUUAUUCUGGAACGCUGAGGAACAGGUGAAACACAAUUGCCUCCAAUUUAGCCGAAAGCGCGGGGCUCGCUGUGGCGAGCGAUGACGCAGACACUUCUUGGUUCUUCAUCAGCUCAGUAUUCAUCAGGAAAGUUUGAACAUUCAUCUGUCUGCUCUGUUUCUCUGUGACCUGCAGGCCAGCGAGCUGGGGAUGACGUCAGCCUUCUACAAGUACAUCCUGACCACCAUGGUACGAGACGCACUCUUCAUCUUCUCCUCCUCCUCCUCUUCUUCUUCAGGACCUUCCUCUUUCUCAUUUCAUUCUCUGUUUUUAGAUUCACCUCAUCAGUUUUUUCAUUUCCUCUUCUUCCUUCUCUUCCCUCCUGUCCUUUGUUUAUUUCCUUCUCGCUCUCCUUUUCUUUCUCUCCUCUCGCUCUGUUUUUCUUUGUCCGCUCCGUCUCUCCCUCUCUUCCCAUCUCCACCUAACACUUUUCAGGAUGGUAGUUGGUCGCAUCCUCUUUCCUUUCCUCCCUUACCUCACAAACCGCCUGCAUAUGCCUCCUCUCCCCCUCUCUUCCUCCCGCUCUCUCUCGCCGCUCAUCACAGAUGCACGCCGGCCCGGCCGCCGUUUGUCAUCAUUAUAGUUUCACUGUCCGGUGUCGUGCCCUUGUGCUCGGAGACUUUGCGUGGAUAAUAACUCGUCUCGAUCUCCGCCUCGUCUCAGUCAAACACUCUUUCUGAGCUUUUCGCAAGGGCACAUCACGCCACGCUCACAGACCAAGGGCAGAACCGCUGUUUCGUCCACCUUCAGCAGAACUGGAUCAGAACCAAAAGCAAAAUCAUCCCCACACACACACACACACACACAAACAAACACACACGCCGGUGUAGCUGUAGUCCGGUCUCUGACAGCUUGAGAAGAUCAACAGAUGUUUUCUCUGACGCUGAGAGAAAACAGAAAUGGGCGGAGCUUAUCUCUCUCAGAUUAACCAGGUUUAACUGUAUAGAUGUAUGAUGAGACUUUUGUCUUAAAAAUUACCUGGACUGGGAAAUAAAAUGUGAACUUUGACCCCGGCCAGGCCACGGUUUAAGCGAUGAUCUUCGUUUUCUAAGAGGAGACGACAGAAGGACUGAUCUCAUGUCCUCAUCAGAUCCUCAAACUUUAUUUCUGAAAAUGAAUCUGUCCGUUGUUGUUUUUUUUCAGUCGUGUAAUCGCUCUUAAAAGUUCCUAAAAGUCUUUUAGCCUCUUUCAGCUCCUUCUUUUGGUUUCCAGCUCCUCGUUUUCUGGCUCAUGGACAGCAGCUGCUGCAGAGCCGAUGUGAGCGCCGAGACUGAAGCUCCAUGUUCCACCAUCAGUUUCUAAUGAGGGUCAAUCCAAACAUUAGAUCACCUUCAUUAAACUCCAGCUAAUUGGCUGCUGGAUUAAAGUUUCCCUCAGAGUGACGCCAUCUGGAUCUGCUGCUUUAUUUAUUAUCAUGAGGCGUCCCGUCAGGAACUUCCUGUCCGUGGUCCAGACCGAGGAUCUUAACAAAAUACAUCCAUGUACCCUUCAUAAUGAGCUACUCAAACAACUGCGAUGAUCUGUCUGCUCUUAUAGCGCCAUCGUAAUGCAGAAGUUUUUAAACUUGCACUCUCUCUGAUAUCCAGCAGGGGGAAACCUGACGCCCAAACACGAGAUCGAUAUUUAGAAGUCUUUCAAACCACUUGGCGCCCUCUGUACUCAUCUUUAUAAACGCUGGGAUAAUUUCCUCGAAUCCUCACAGAUGAAAACAUCUAAAUGUCCCUCAUUACUCUGUAACAUCUCCAGAGAGUCAUUAAAUGUCUGCUCACACCUUCAAACCGAGCGUCGGUCUAAAGGAAGGUCCCGCAGCACCGCUGGCGUCCUUCGUGGAUGCUGUCGCAGUGUUUCCUCCUCAGCAGUGCUGGCCCGCUCGUUUCCGCUCCUCCAGCCAGCAGCUCUUUGUCACGGAUGGCAGGCCCACAGUCUGACAGUGUACUUGGCUGUAGCUGAAAUUGAUUUGGCAAACGCACCAGCAGCAACAACAAGAACAACAAGAGAGGAGGCAGCAGCUUCCCGACAGACGGGCCGGCUCGAGCUUUGUUAAGUAAAUAAGUGUCGGGAAAUUCGGGGAUAAAGAAAUUAGCCUCUCGCAGGUUAGCCGCGCUCCUUAACAGCUGGACAGGAAAUGGUCUGCGGUUUGAAACCUUCCUGGAUAAUUGGCUGAAGUUCAGAUCAGACCCCUCCCCGCCUCCCCCUCCACCUCCGACCCUCUUCGGAGAGUUUCUGCAGACUGGAUAAAUCCUGAGCCAGAAUAUUUUUAACCCGGCCGAGGAAGCGGCCAAAUGAUGAUGAUGACUGUCCAUCUGUCAGAAACUGAAGUCCUGUGUGAGACGCAUCUACAGCCCGAGUAGGGUUUCUAUUCUCUCUCUGCUGUGAGUCAGAGGGGAAACGAGAAAAACAGCCUGAAAAAUAAAAAUGACCCAACAAGGAAGGCAAUUUCCUGAGCCGAGUCCAGACACACUCAAACAAAACACCAACAGGGUGGAAAAAAAACAAAACAUAAAAUGUCGAGUAAAUGAAGUUCGAACUAAAUGAAACAGACAGAAUGAUGAAAAACAGAGUGACUGUUGCUUUCGCAGUAAAAAUAACAAAACGAGACAAAGACUCGUGUUGUUUUUACUCAUCCUCACAUUUCCUCUAACAGCCGAAUAAAAAACAUAAACCUUUAAACCUGAGAGUCCGACCUGUGCGAAGAUUUAAGACCAAAAAAACAACCAAACUACGAAGAAACACAGCAACUAAAUUAAGAUAUACAGCAACAAGAAAACACAAUAACAUAUUUUAAAUUUAGACACAAACAAGUUAUGGAAAAAAAUAAGUGACAAAAAAACAGGCAAAAAGCGACUUAACUACAAAUCAAACAACACAAAACUCACAAAGACAGCUACAAAGAAACAAACAUGAAUUAAAAAGACACAAAACAUCAUAGCAACAUCGACGUACAAAGACACAACCAUAGAGCUACACAGACACACAGCAACUACAAAGAUAUACACAGAUAUACACAAAGCCUUUUGACCUCAAAGACACAAAGUAACAUCACUACAAAGUUUCAAACAGACCUACAAAUAGUCACAUAUUUAAACCCAGAUACACACUUCAACAAAGACACAAAAAACACAGCAACACAACCACAAAGACAUAAAUGCAACAAAGUUUACCACAACAUUGCUACAAAGACACAGAGCAACAUCAAAGGCACGAGACUUCAAUUACAAUGUAACUUUACUUCAAAGAAACAGCUACAAAUAUAUACAGAAACAAAACUACAAAGACACAAAUCAACAAAGACACAAAUCAACAAAGCUACAAAGACAAUUAUAUGCCAAAGUUUACCACAACGUUGCUACAAAGACACAGUACAAUAUCAAAGGCAUAACACAACAGUUACAAAGUAAUUUAACUUCCAAGAUGCAACUACAAAUACCUAAAGCAACAAAACUGCAAAGAAGCAAAAAAAACGCACAGCAAAAACAACUUUAAAGACAAACAGUGACUCAAAGCACGAACGGUUUAUAACUUUAGAUCAGACCCUGAUUCACUGCUGCAGUCAAAACUGAUCCAAAACUUUAAAUCUGUGAAAAUAAUCCUGACACUCAGAGUGCUCUGCUCCACUUCAUUACAGAGUUCCUGUCCUAAUUAAUUACCUGUGCCAAUGACUGUGAUUCACAGAGAAUAGAAGUGUAGGAGCUGAAGAGGGCUUGAAUUCACAUUUGGAGAGGGGCUCAUGGUUCUUUCAUAUUCAGGAGGAUUUAACAAGUACCCCUCAGCCGAAGAGGCGCUAAAAAAAAAAAAGAAACAGCAGGUGAAGGUGGAGGCAUGUGGUUAAAGCUGGACGCGGCCUGCUUUGUCUGCUCUACACAGCUGAAUCUAAAUGUUUCAUAGUCAGCAUCUGUCUGAGAGCAAACACAAACCCUCUGAGGGACCAACAGCGGUUUGAUUCUGGGUUUGUUUCAGCAGCAGAGCUCAGCGUGACACCGAUCACCCCAAGGGUUAUUUGAAGUUCUUUGAAAUUCCCCGGCGUUUGAUGUCCAUCUUUAAAAAUAAACCUUUAUUCUCUCCGUUAGCCUGCGCUGAAUUAAUAAACACGGCUCGACAUUGUGGAGAAGCCCUGGUUUUCUUUCAUCCCUCACUCCUCACAUUUUCACCCCGCUGUGCUCCUUAACGGAGGUUCCCUCUGCUCCUCAAACUCCCGCCUCUUAAACAAACUGUAUUAUUAACUCCCUCCUCUGUCUUCCCUCAGGACUUCCCUCUGCUGCGGCUGGAUGACGUGGUGGACGGCCAGUCGAACAUCGUGGGCUUCUCCAUGCUGAACAGCAGCCACGCUUUCUACCUGGAGUUCAUCAGGAGCCUCAACCUGUCCUGGAGGGAAGGCUGCGGCAUCAGCCCGUACCCAGGACCGGCGGUAAGAGACACAACAACCAUAACUGUGAGCUUUUGCUGCGUUGCAGUUACCUCAGAGGUUGGAUGUCGGAGCUGGGAAUGACAUUAAACCCGAGUUGAGGGCCGUAAACAAGUUGGAAAACCAAGAUGGACGCCUACUGUAAGCCAUUUUCAGCUGUUUUUUACAAUCCUCAGCUGUUGUUAGCGGUUAUCAGUUAUUGUUAGCUGCUGUCAGUUAUGGUUAGUCUUUGUGAGUUUUUGUAAGCGGUUGUCCGUUGUCUGUCAGUUGUUGUCAGCCGUUGUCAGCUGUUGUUAGUCAUUGUCAGCUGUUGUUAGUCAUUGUCAGUUGUUGUUAGUGGUUGUCAGUUUUUGUUAACUGUUGUCAGUUGUUGUUAGCGGUUGUUAGCUGUCGUUCACAGAUGUCAGUUGUUAUUAGUUGUUGUCAGCUGUUGUUAGCCUUUGUCAGUUUUUGUUAGUGGUUGUCAGUUGUUGGUAGAUGCUGUUAGCUGUUGUAAGCGGCUGUCAGUUGUUGUUAGCCUUUGUCAGUUUUUGUUAGUUGUCAGCUGUCGUUAGCUGUUGUCAGUUGUUGUCGGCUGUUGUUAGCGGUUGUUAGCUGUCGUUCGCAGAUGUCAGUUUUUGUUAGUGGUUGUCAGCUGUCGUUAGCCAUAGUCAGUUGUUGUUAGCUGUUGUCAGUUAUUGUUAACCGUUUUUAGCUGUUGUUAGCUGUUGUUAGCUGUUGUCAGUUGUUGUUAGCUGUUGUUAGCUGUUGUUAGCUGUUGUCAGUUGUUGUUAGCUAUUGUUAACUGUUGUUAACUGUUGCCGGUAGUUGUUAGCUCUACCAGUUGUAAACAACACAUAACACAGUAUUUCACUCUUACAAACACCAUAGCAGCGUGUUCACAGGAGCUCGGAAAUCCCGACUUUGGAGUACAACUGGAACGCAGCACUUUGGUUUGUCUUUGCUCCACCUCUGAGACUCUGUGUUUACUCUGUUUGGAUUGUUGAUUUCAGGUUUUACAGAGGAAACUCUCCGCUGAGUGACUCUCUAUUUCGAUAUAAAAGCUGGUUGUGUUUCCUCUGUGCCGUGCGUGUCUUGAAGUCAGAGUGGUAUUACGUCAACCUUUAUUCAUGACGGUUGAGGAGAUGGAGGAAUCCUCUGAAAAGGUCUGAUUGUCAAGAGCACUCAAAAUUACCGCAUUUGGGUCGUUUGAAUGCAGCCUCGUUUCAAUCUACUGCUGCUGCUCGACCAUCGUUCAAAGCCUUUAUCAGUCUCUCUUAUUGUCCUGAUAAUGAAGAUGACGAGCAUCUAAUAUGCCCGUCCCUCCUCCUCCUCCUCUGUUAUGAAAGGGACCAUCAGCACAAAUAAAUAUGUUCACAGUGUUUGUUUGGUUUGCGGCUCUGAUACCAACAGAGGCAAUAACAACACGGCAGACUGCUUUAAUAAAGAUAACAACCACCACAAUAGAGUUUGUCUCCAUCACUGAAGACUCCAUCAUCUCCGCCCACAACAUCCCCCCGGAGGUUUUAUUACUCUUAACUAACUCUCGACAUGAUUUGUUGUUUUUAUGAAGAGUUUAGGAGUUAAUCAGAUAAAGAGACAUGACGUCACCGCUGAGGCCACAUCCACACCGCUGUUUAACUGAAUGAAAAGAGCUCAGCGAGGAAAAGGCUUGAUUCAUAAUGAUGAUAAUAAACAGACAUACACUGAAAUUAGCGCUGAGAUAUCGGCGAGAAGAUCGAUGAUUCAGAAAUCUGCAUUUCUACCAGUUUGAGACCAGUAUGAGGGGCGUAGGUGUGAGCCAAACUAACAGCCAUGUUCUCACCAUUUUCACAGAAAAUAGUCAUAAUUAAAAAAAACGUUAGAGUUUCAAAAGUCAGCGGCUCAAAUCAAAGACUGUUUCAUCCACAGGGGGGCGCCAGAACUGACACAAACAUUUACCACUUGAUCAAAACUCAUCACCGAUGCCUUUUUUUUUUUAUGAUGAAUUUUUUUUUUUAUUCCUUCAAAUCCUGGUGAUUCAAAACUCUUUAUAUUUUCAAUAAAAGGCCGAAAAACAACUUCAACACCGACUUCAUCAAACCACAUUUUUUUACUGUUGGAAAAAGCUGCUCUUAAAUUAGUGGACUAUUUUCCCACACAGUUGCAGUUGCUCCAUUCUUGUUUGUAAAGGACUGAGCCUGUCGGGGGGGAGCCUCCUUUUUAAAGGGAUUAAAGGGAUAUUCUGGUGUAAAAUUAAUUUAGGGUCAAACACAUCAUAACAGCGACUAUGGCUGGGACCCUGUAUGUACUGUUGAUGAAGUUAGGUGCUGUAAGUAAGCGGUCGGCAACAUUCAUCUCUCGGGGGGGUGUCUAACUUGGUGUUAUUGGUGUUUGACCUUAAAUUAAUUUUACCCCAGAAUAUAACACUCACCUUUUUACCUGUAGUCGUAUCCAAACAGGUCUUUCUGUCACUUUGUCAGGUUACUACAUUGGUCUCUACAUGACAUACUCUCUCUUCACCGACUUAAACUCUGUGUGUUUCUGCAGCAGCGUUUCUAUCCCCCAGAAAAGGUCAGUGGAUUUUCAGAGUCCAUCCAGAUCCAAUCUUUUAAAGUCUGAGCUUAAAUCUUCAGGAAAUAGGGUCACUUCAAUUCCCAGCUGACUACAGUAGAGUAUAAAGUAUCUCCCUCUGCUACUUCAGCAUCACCUCAGAGUCUGACAUGACAACAGCCAUCAUGUGGAGUGUGUAAAGUCGGUCUCACCCGCCCUAGAGUGGCGGUGUGUUACCUUAAACCAGAGGAGACAGAUGACUGAGCGCUGACGAUUAUUUUUCCGUCUCUAUCUCGCUCCUCUAUCACUCCCUCUUCAAACUGUAAUUAGUUAUCGUCAUCCAGCCCUGAAACCAUCGACUCACUGAGAGCUCCAAUCACACUCAGUCAUACAUCCAUCUUUUUUAUCAGCGGCCGACAGCCUGUGCAGCUCUGCCUGCGUACGAUUCGUCUGAUUCCCUCAGAGUGUCGCUUUGACUGACAACUGACCAAACAGACCCGAACGUCAGACUCCGAUAGGAUCGCCGAGCCGUGCGAGCUGAACGCCGCUGAUAGCAGGAGCGCCUCAGUUUUCUUGGUUCUGAUAUCAUUACCCGACGUCUUUAUCUGGAGGAGUAUGAACAAAAAGCACAAACACUUCAUCUGCUGUCUCUAAAUGUAAGAAAAUACAAUCACAUGGUGGGGAUCCGUCACUUUCUCUGCUGCUUCUCUGAGCCUCUCACAGCUCCUAGUUUUGUUUUGUUUUUAACACACUCACUCUCCAGCUAAUAACAGGAAUAAAGUAUCAGUCAGAGGAGACCAAACUCAGAGCAGAAAGAGGAGACACAAGCACGACUCCAUCAGAAACGACCAUAUUUAAAUGGUUAAAAUUCCUUGUUUUUGUCAUUGGUCGUCUAAAUUUGGUUUCUUAUCGUCUUUUUUUGGUCAGUAUUGAUCUCAAAGUUGAAGGGUGUUAAAAAUCCAGAGAGAAAUCCAAUUAUUUCAGGAUCAGAUAGCGGCUAACGCUAGCCUCUAGCCACUUAUAGGAAGAAAAGCUGUUAGCUUAGCCGAUCAGAGCACUUUUUAAAAGUUCAGUAUCUCAAUGAAAACAAUAUUUUUCAUUCCUGAAAAUAUUAAUUGGGAAUUAACUUUAUCUUUUAAGCUCCCUCCAAAUGUUUGGAGUUUAGGCCGUUUUUUGUGGCGUUCCUCAGGGCUCAAUCCUGGGAACUCUUCUUCUUUAAUUAAUUUAUGUCACUAACUUUUACAAGACCUUAUCCAAAGAAAUUUUAGACAUGUUUGAUUACAACAUUACAUCACAUGGAGUUAUAUUUUUUAUCGUAUGAUAGGGACUUUUCAUCUGAUAAUUAUCAUUUUCGGCUCAUAAUUUGAGUUUUUUAUUCAAUAAUCUUGACUUGACAUUUUACAAUUUGACUUUUAGUUUUAUAAUAAUCCCUAAUAAAGACAAACCAUUUCUUAAAUUUCAUUCACAAAGUUAUAUUAUAGCUGUAUUUCUUAUAAUUCUUUACUUUUUAUUAUAUUCUUAUAACAGAAUUUGACCCAAAUGUGAGAUGAGGUGAAGAAGAACUUUCCGCGGUCACAUGUUCAGACAGAGCGUUAUUUAUUCGGCAUGUCUCAUUCUCUUCGUUGUUUUUGUGGUUUUGUGUUCCAGCUGUCGUCGGCGCUGAUGUUCGACGCGGUCCACGUUGUGGUUGGCGCCGUGCGAGAGCUGAACCGCAGUCAGGAGAUCGGAGUGAAGCCGCUGAGCUGCACCUCGCCGCUGAUCUGGCAGCACGGCACCAGCCUCAUGAACUACCUGAGGAUGGUAAACGCACACACAAAUACAACCACAACCACUCAACAAACAUACAAAAACUCUGAGACGCUCUGCUUUUUAAACGUGGACAAAAAUCUGCAGGAGUGACAGAGUUUAACAUAAAAUGAUGAACUGUUACAUAACUUUGUUUUUGAGCCUUAAACCUUUUUUGGAGGACGUAGAGGCGAUGAUGGGUCGACAAACCGACUCGGACAUGUGACACUGCUGUUCACAUCCCGUCUCCUCCUGUGUGUCAACCUCAGUUACUUUAAACCCUCAUAUCUGUCAUCUUUCUGGACCCGCUUUUGUUUACACCUAAAGUCCACUAAACACCAGAAGACUGACGGAAUCGAAAAAAACUCAAAAUGAAAAGGAUUCACAAAGACCUGCAGGGUCAAAAUUUAUAAGAUCCUAACUGGAGACCUGCUGAAAUGAUCUCCCAUCAUGCUCCUAAUUAAGACACACUGUUUUAAAGUAGUUUAAUUCUGGAAUACCUCUGUGCUCAUAACUGGCCAAUCAGGAGCAAGAAGGAGCGGGACUUCAGGGAAUGUAAACAUAGAAGUGAAGAAACUAGCACACUGGUUUUAUUAAGGGUUCAUUUCAGGGUCUAGAGCUGCUGCGAAUGACAUGAUGGUACGGUUUCUUUGACUGUUUUUAGGUUUUCUUUGUGAAACGGCGUUAUAUCGAUAAAAGAUCACGAAGUUACUGCUGAGUACAACUUUCUCUGACCUUACACUGUUAACUGCUGAUGAUUAAACAAUGAAACUGAAGUGGACAGCCCCUAAAUCUGUUAUUUUUCACGAGAUCAUCGACAAAAUUCAAUGCCAAAGUUGGUGAAGUUACCAAAAUCACUGUCUAUACACUGAAAAAACACCCAGAGAUUAUUUUAUAUCCACUUUUUAUUCUCCGGAAAAGGAUCCAGAGGGCACUUUUUACUCUUCACCCACUCAAAGGUCAGCUAGGACAUCCUUUACACGGUUUUCCACUGAGAGGUCACCGCAGAGGGCAUCUUAGUCACAGGACAUCUGAAACGGCACAUCCACUUUUUUUUUUCUCAGACAUGAGGUCAAGAGGGGCAGCGAUCGCCCCCCUUACACCCCCUCAGAGUGCACCAAUGUAGGCAGGAAAACUACAAAACAAAGCGUUAGAAAAUCUCCAACUCUGCGAUUUUAAAAAUCUCCAUUUCUGGUAACAUGCAGCAGAAAUCUCCACAUAUGUGGGCAGAUCCUGAGUGUCAGGAUCAGCUCACGCCAAAGAAAAGAGCUGAUAAAAAGUUCGCAGAGACACUUGAGGGAUUUCACUCAGACUUUAAAACUUUUUGCAGAACAGCAGAAAUAAAAAAUACAUUUUUAAGUUUAUUUAAUGAAAGACAAAUCCUCAAGAGGUCGAGGUAAUAUAGGAUUAGUCACAUUUUUCAGCUGUAGACCAAGUACACCAAAAAAUUACCAAAAUAGUUCCUUUUAAAUGGCUCUAAACUGAGUUUUUAUUUAGUCAGGCUGCUGUUGUCCGGCUGAUUUCUGUUUAUGUCUAUUUGUAAACACAUGUCCCUGUAUAGAGUGAAACUGAGGACCUGUGCCAUUUUGUUCUGACAAAGAGAGGACUUCAGGAGUCUCUGCAUAGACCCAAACUUGACUUUUCUAAACCAUAACUUACACAUGUACAGAGGAGGGCAGUCUGCAGAGAUCUUCAGGUAUGGGACGGGGCCGUUAUCGUUUACCAAGACAGGAUCAAAUCAAAUCAAACUUUAUUUACAAAGCGCUUUUCCUACAAAGAUUACCGUCGCGAGUUGGUUGUGAGAAAGUGAAUAAUAUAUUUCUGUCCGGUUCUGGUUUUCACAGAGAUGUAUAAAACUAUAAUCAACAGAGAAGUGUUAAAAUGUGACGUAUGAAUUGGUCAUUGAAGUUCCUCCUCCAGCCAAUAGAGGUGCUGCAGAGAAAGUUCUCUAACACUCGACACACCUUUGGGUUUCCUAUUGGCAAAAACUGUAAAACCUCAUCAGAGUGGUUUUAACAGGGUUUGAGGAUGAUUUAGAGCAUGUCGAAAUGUGGACCUGAAAAAUGCCCCAGGUCUGCCAGCAAGUCCCCCACUGGUGAACGUGAAGCAACAGGAAAGUCCACUCUUGGAUAGGUGUACCAGUACACACACACACACACACACAUUUUGGCCUCACUCUCCUUCAUCCUGCUGUAAUUUUCAUUUUCAUGUUUAUAUAAUUUAUUCUUGUCUCCUAUUUCCCAGUUUCCAUCCGUCUGCCACUUCUUGUUUCCUCCAUCCACUGAGGAUGCCUCCCCACCCCACCCCCCUCCAUAUUGUUUUUGUUGCUCCCAGUGCAUCACUUCAUCAUCUCUGCACUGUUUUUGGCAGCAACCAGAGACCUCUCUCCCUCUUUCUCAUUCCCUCCCUCUGUCUCUGUCUCUCUAGCCGCAGAGUUUUUGGGAUGUAAUUCAUCUUGAAUCAUGCACACACACACACACACACACGCACGCACACACACACGCACACACACACACACAAACAUUUAUUCACUCUAUGCGAACACUCAGUUGCACAUUUCUCACAUUAACUCAGGCACUAAAUGCAUGCUUGACUGCACAUGUCACACAGCUCUCACACUCAUUUGCACAUUAAUGCAAACACACACACACACACACACACACUCUCUCUCUCACACACACACACAUAAAUGCACAAACAGCUUUGUCACUCUUCACUUGUGCUGACUCCUGUCUGCUCUGUCCUGUCGCUCCUUUACGACACAAAUUUAAUUUUCCUUUUUGAAUCUUUUAUAACCUCUUUAGCGUGUCAGCUCUGAAUUUAGCUCAGCGUACCUUCAGCUACUUUGAGGUGUGCAGGUUAAAACUGAACCAAUCAAAGAGGGAAUCAUAUACAAACAUGGCAUGAGUAAUUUCUCAUCAACAGGACAUAUAGGGUCGUAGUGAGACCUCAGGCCAGUUCAUUACGGACUACAGCGGGGUGACACAGCUCAAGGAAGAACAUUAAUGAUCAUUUCUUUAUCAUUUCCUUGACGUAAGAGAGUAGGUGAGUUGUGUUUAGUCCCUUUGCGAAAGAAAUUAGUCAAAGUUAAAAAGAUGUUUGAUGGCUAGUACUAUGGCUGGGACCCUAUAUGUCCUGUUGAUGAAGUUGACUCAGCUCCACGUGUUUAACAGCGCAGAGGUGAACUGUGGGGUUCACUUUGCUUUAUCCUCCCACUGAAACUCUGAAUAAACCGGAGCUGAAUGCCUGGACGCUCUUUCUUUACCUUGUACCGUGUCAGAAAUAUCAAUGAAUAGACGUACAAACUCUCCACCUGCAGAGGAAUCUUCUUUGACUAAAAUGUUUCUUCACGGCUUUUUGGAUGAAUAAGUUUCUCUAAAACCUGCAAAUAUCCUUCAGCAGUGAACACCGUGAGUGUUCAGGCGUCCCUUCUCCUGAGUGGUUCCUCCUGUCUUUAGUGUGGAGGGGAAACAGCGUCUAUAAUUUCAAAAAAGAAAGUCAAAUUUUGACACAUUCAAUAAGUUCCACUACAGAGUCACGACUGUUUUUAGUGCAGGUAUUUCUCUGUUUAGAAAAUCUCAGCUAUGAUUGUUGAGAGAAGAGUCAAAAAUAAACACAUUAUCAGCUGUCUGCACGUCUUCCUUAGUAAAACUCUAAAUUUAGACGAUCUGUCGGACUGAAUCUAUUUUUUUCGGGUAUCAAAGAUAUUUUGGUGUAAAAUUAAUUUAGGGUCAAACACACUGUAACACCAAGUUAGACACCCCCUCUAGAAAUGAUCAUCAAUGUUCUUCCUUGAGCUGCGACACCCCACUGUAGUCUGUAAUGGACUGGCCUGAGGUCUCGCUACAAACAAGCGUCUGCUGGAAGAGAGUAGGUGAGUUGUGUUUAGACUCUUUGCUAAAGAAAUGAGUCAAAGUUAAAAAGAUGUUUGGUGUCUAGUACUAUGUCUGUGACCCUAUAUGUCCUGUUGAUGAAGUUAGGUGCUGUUCUGAGCAUUAUUUGUGGCUAUAGAGUGGCGUUUUGGUUGAGUGCGUGGCUCUCUGUAUUGCUAUCCUGCGGUCGUUACUAAAGUUGGUAUAACUAGAGAAGUAAGUGGUCGGCAUCAAUCAUUUCCCGAGGGGUGUCUAACUCGGUGUUACAGUGUUUUUGACCCUAAAUUAAUUUUACGCCAGAAUAUCCCUUUAAGAUGGACUGAAGGGAUCAGCUUGUUUUCAGCUCUAGGUUCAAAGUCUGGGGAUCAUCAGAGUCCAGGUAUUUUUGCUGCCAUCCAGACAAUGACUUUCAUAUUUCAGUGAGACAAACCAAACCAGAGUCUGCAGGUGUUACAACAGCAUGGCUCUGUGCUGGAAAUGAAAUAUACAACAAAGGAAACCCCGAACUGAAAUCUAUCAGGCAAGAAUCGGGCAGCAUUUCACUUUCCAAACUCCAGAAACUGGUCUCUGGGGUUCGCCAGCGUUCGCAGAGUGUUGGUAAUAGAAAAAAAAGAAAGAGGUGAUGCAACACGGUGGGGAACAUGCCCUUGGAAAUGUGUUGCUGGAAUCGAGUUUUAAUUUUUUUUUGUAACAAUAACCUUUAAAAAAGUUUCAAGUCAACUCUGUUCAGAGCAUUCAGAGCUUCCUCCCUGUGGUUUUUAGCUCAGGUCUGUAAGCGAACAACAUUUCUGUCUUCUCUGUCUCUGUAGGUGGAGUACGACGGUCUGACGGGUCACAUUGAGUUCAACAGCAAAGGCCAGAGGACCAAUUACACCCUGAAGAUCCUGGAGAAGCACCCCGGGGGCCAUAAAGAGGUCUGGGGUCAAACGGGGUUAAGUGGGAGGUGGAGGGGUCAGAGGUUAAAGCAGCGUUCAGGUCACUGUCUAAAGUCUGGGCUCCUCUCUCAGUAAAUGUUGGUUUGAUCUGUGAGUGUUUGAAGGAGCAGCUCCUCCUGUGAAGAUGUGAUCACACAGAAAAGGUUUUAUCCUCCACAGUGUUCGGGUUUACAGCCACUGCCGGUCUUUAAACAUCGAUCUGCUGUCUGUAAGCAGUUCCCUCCUCCGCUCAUCGAUAAAAUCUAUACAAACAGAUGUCGUUCAUGGAGGGCGAGUGUUGCUUUAUGACCACAGGAGAAAAUUAAAAGGUCAGAAGUCACCCGGGGUCACCAGAGGGUUAAACAGGAGCGCAUGCCGGGGUUAAGUGUGCAGUAAAAAUGAUGCAGUGUUGAAGAUUCUUAUUUAAUUUAUAUGAAGAGUUUAACGAGAGCGACCGGACUCAGUGAAGUCCUGCGUUAAAGCUCUUUACUGUUGUGCUCGUGUUUUUAUAGGAGGUUUGCUCUAAACUCCACCGUCAGCUGAAAAAAAAGAGGAGAAAGUUGACGAGGAUUAUAACGAGGAGAAGUCGUGUCAAACAUGCAAAACAGAAGAAAGAGAAACAAACCCACUCACGGAUCAUUUGCUUAUUCUUCAUGCUUUAUCUCAUUCAGAGAUAAAACCACACAAUGCAUUUUUCUCCGAUUGUGCAGACCUGACACCGUGAAUGCGUGCAGCUACCUUCGAAGAUUAAAUUGCAGUCAUUACAGAUUGUUUCCCAGCUGCUGGCUGAGGCGGUGCACUAGAAUAAAACGCCUGCAGAAAGAAGCGAGGCUCUCAUUUAUAAACAUUGAAAAAUACUCAAAACAGGCCGGCAGAGUUUGUGAUCGAUGGAAAUCAAAGAUGUGUGCACUGGUGAGUGAGCUCUGACUCUUGUAUAUGAUUCAUUUAGAGGCCGUAAGCAGCAGCAGCCUCCUGUCUUCAAAAAAUGAAGCUAACCUGAGUGUGCUAAGACCUGCAGUUCCCAGAGUGUCCACUUGAGGCUGUCUGCAAAAACCUGGUUUACACAUAGCAACAGUCAGCACAUUUACAGCCUGGUUCGAAAGGAUGAAAGACACUGUAGGAGGAGUUCAUUUCUUUAAUGGCGAAUCAGUGGCAGGGCUGACUUGAUUGACAGGUGGGCACGCUGUCGCUGUUUACGAGGAGAAGGUUGAUUAAAAUGUUGAGUCAGCAUUUCACAAACAAACGGGUUACAUCACCGACAAUAAGUCCAUCUAUUACACAAUCUACGGGCAGACCCACUUUAUUAAAAUCAUGACUCUGACACUAAGACGAUUUGGGACGCACAGUUUAGUUUUCUUUAUUAGACUGAGGAAGGAGCGCCCCCCCCGCUCUUCAUCUUCCUGUCCCCUGGGAGACAGCACAGCACCCUAACUGCUGAUAAAUACACAAAUAAAGAGGAGGUCAGGUGAGGUCAGAGGUCGGGGCAGGACCGGGGGUGGUAUCAGGUCAGCAGAUGACGGUUAACGUGCUUCAGUGUGUAUUCAUGACCUUAUUUAACCUGCUGAGUGAGGCGGGAGGAGCCGGACCGUCCCUCAUUGAUCCAGCAUUGAUUCAGAGGCGAGGAUGAUUCAUCUUCCUCCUUAAUGUCGGGCUCUGUGACUCUCUGAACACAUGGUUUUCAUUUCACCUGUUUGUUUGUUUGUUGAAUUUGUCCACUUUGCUGCUUUCUGCCACCUUUCUUUUUUACUUUUUCAUCUCUGUGAUUGUUAAAAGUUUAAUAAUAAAUUCAACAAAUCAGUUAAUUCUAAAUGAUAAGAGCUUUUUCAGACAGGCUGCCGGUUUUUCCUUACUAAUACGGCCAUCAGCUAACAAAUACUCAAUUUCUUGGCAUCACAAAUUCUAUGAAAGACAUAUUCUCACUGGGACUAUAAGUAACCCAGAACAUAAGAGUACAUGUUAUUUACCGUUAAUCUUGUUGUGGACAAUAUCCAGACGGGCAUGAUGUCAUGUUUUAGCAGUUAUGUCCCCAUAAGACACUUGUAAACAGUAAAAAUGGUUCUUUAUUUACAUACAACAGUCACGAAAAAGUAGUCUUCAUCUACAGACAAUAGUAUUUACAGUAAAACAAAGUCCUCAAUUUAGACACAAAAAUGAUAUUUACACUAAAAGGUCCUCACUUUACAGACAGUAUAAUUCACAUUAAAAUAUGGUCUUUAUUGAUAUACAAAAGUUUAAGCUGCAUUGAAAAAGGGUCCUCCAUUUUCAUUCAGAAGUGUAAUUAGAAUUAAAAAGCAGGGUCCUUUAUUUACAGGCAACAGUGCUCCUUAUCAAAAAGAGGGUCCAUAAUCAACAGAGCUCUCUACAUCAAAAACGGUUGUUUGUUUGUUUAUAACAUUAAAAAGGUCCUCAAUCUACAUAUAACAGUAUUAUUAACAUGAAAAAGUAGUCUUCAUUUUCAUACAGCAUUAAUUUAGAUUAAAAAGUAGUCUUCGUCUACAUACAAUAGUGUUAUUUACAUUAGAACAAUGUCCUCAAUUUACAAAAAAAAAAUAUAUUUACACUAAAGGGUCCUCACUUUACAGAUAGUAUUACUCACAUUAAAAUAUGGUCUUUAAAAGGGUCCUCAGUUUUCAAUGAGAAGUGUGUUUAGAACAAAAGAGGAUCCUUUAUUUACAUGCAACAGUGCCACUUAUUAAAAAGAGGGUCCUUAAUUAACAGAGUUAUCCACAUCAAAAAGGGUGUUUUGUUUGUUUAUAACAUUAAAAAGGUCCUCAAUCUAUAUAUGAUAGUGUCAUUGUAUAAAAAGUGUUCUUUAAUACUUUUUACAGUGUUAUUUACAAUGAAAAUCUUCCUUGAUAUACACACACACAACACAUAUAAUCUACAUAAAAAAGGAAUAAGAAUGGUGUAAAGCUUAGACUUUCAGUAAAAUCCAUUCACUUCAUGAGACUUUUAAAACUUAAGUUCUGUAAAGGUUCAACGUUGAAACAUUAAAGUAUUAAAAACACGUUUUUUUUCCUUCCAGAUUGGGACCUGGUACUCCAACAACACGCUGAUCAUGAACUCAACGUCUCUGGACCUGAACGCCUCAGAGACGCUGGCUAACAAGACGCUGAUCGUCACCACCAUACUGGUAAAAAAAAAUGUCAUGAGCGCAUAAAAAUAUCACGAAACGUCACUUUAUGGUCG